AUGUUCUCAUUAUUCAUUCAAAGGAAUAAUCAUUUUAAACAAUCUAUUCAUUUAAUUAUAUUUUGUUUUUUUUUAUAUAAAUUAACAGAAACAAUAUUACAAUAUGGUACACGUAUUGAAAUAUAUAAACUUAUAUGUUUAUCAUUAAUUAAUUCAACAAAAUUACAACAAAUUAUUUGUUCUGAUGAAAUCAAUCCUAAUAAUUAUAAUGAUUCUAUAGAAAAUCAAUUAUUAUUAAAUCAUAUACAAAGAUUAUCUGGAUAUUAUUUAUUAAUUUAUCGUAUUUUAUUAAAUUUACCAGCUACUAUAGCAUGUUUUAUUUAUGGUAUUUAUUCUAAUAAAUAUGGUUAUAAAAUUUCAAUGUUAAUACCAUGUUUAGGUGCAAUUAUUGCAUGUACAUUAUUUUCUAUUAGUUUAUUAUUAUUAAAUCAUAAUUUAAUUAAUUAUUCAAUUAUAUUUAUAUUAAUUGGUGGAUUUAUAUAUGGUAUAUGUGGUAAAAGUAGUGCAAUAACAAUGGGUGCUAAUAGUUAUAUAACUAAUUUAACACAUAUUAAUAAUCGUACAUCUAUGCUUGGACGUUUAUUAGGUGUUAAUUGUCUUGGUUUAUCUAUUGGUACAUUAUUACUUGGUAUAUUUUUAACAUUUUUUAAUUAUUCUGAUUUAAUUAUAUUUUGUACAAUUAAUAAUUUUUUCAUUGUAUUAAUUUUAUUAUUUAUGGUAAUUGAUACAAAUAAUAAUGAAAAUAUACCAAUAUUAAAUGAUCAUUCUACAUUAAUACAAUCUAAUAAUAAUGAUGAAAAAUCAAUAAAUUAUACUAAUUCAAUGAAAUUAUCCAAUUAUCAUUAUCAUUAUCAUAGAAAUUCAUUUAAUGAAUUAAUUCAAUUAAUUAUUAAACAAUUUAAUCAAUCUUAUCAAUUUUUAUUUCAUAAUAAUUUUAAUGAAAAACAUCAAUUAUUAUUAAUUUUAUUAUUCACUGUAUUAUUUAAUCAAAUGACAAAAUCUGGUGAACAAGAUAUAAUUUUAUUAUAUUUACAUAAUGAACCAAUAUUAUGGUCUAAUCAAUUAUAUAGUUAUUAUAUAACAUGUUAUUAUGGUUGUAUGUUUAUACAUUUAAUUUUUAUAUUACCAAUAAUUGAAAAAUUUUAUUCAUUACAUGAUACAACAUUAAUUAUUAUUGGUUUAUUAUUAAAAAUAAUACGUUUAUUAUUAUUUCAUAUAACAAAAUAUAAUGAAUGGUUAUUUUUUGGUGCAAUAAUUGGUUCAGCAUCUGGUUAUAUAACAUCAUCAACACGUUCUAUAAUAAGUAAAUUAAUAUAUAAAACAGAAAUUGGUGCAUCAUUUGCAUUAAUAUCAAUAUUUGAAACAAUAGCAAAUUUAUUUGGUGGUUUAUUAUUUACUCUUAUUUAUAAUUAUACAAUAACUAUUAUGUCAUCAUUUAUUUUUAUAUUAGAUGCAUUUUUACAUAGUUUAAUAUUGAUUUUAUUUAUAUGGUUACGUUUUAAAUUGAUUUUAUUUGAAAAUAAUUCAAAUAUUGAACAAAAUAAUCAAUAAUAUUGAAAAUAAGAUAUAUAUAAAAGAACAAUGCAGAAGAAGAAGAAAAAAAAGAGAGAGAAAUGUAAAAUGAAAACAAUGUAAAGAAUAGAUUCAUUUUGUAUUGUUUAUUUUUAAAUGUUUCUUUUAUAAUUUGUGACCUGUGUGCUUUGUUAAUGUAUAAUGUAAUGAUAUAACCAAUUAGAUAAUAGUGAAUUAUCGAUUGGACCAAAUGAUGCAUAAAAUCCGUACGAUCAAUCUAGAAUGUGAUGUGUGUUACUUAUAUUGACAUCAGUAGUAUAUGAUGUUAGUCGUGAACUGAAGGUCUGAAAGCAAAGAAACAAGAGAAUCGAACAAUAAAGAAUUGAGACAGGAUGCAAUUUGU